UUUUUUUUUUUUUUUUUUUUUAGAUUCUAUUUUUUUGUUUGUUAAAGUUGAAGAGAUCUCAGGUCAGAUAGAAAUGAAACAAGUCUCAUAGUGAUUGAUUGAUAGUUUCUUGUGGUAUUUGUUUAUUUGCAUUUCUUUAAGUAGAUAGUCAUUUAUGCAUUGGCACGAUCAAAACUUAUAUGUCGGGGUCCUCAUAAAGCUCUCUUCUGUAUCGUUCACCUCAUGCUUUUUCUUAAAGUAAAAUAUAUAUUUAUUUAAAAUAAAAAUCUGACAAAUUUCGGUGGCAGCGGACCCACUUGGUUCCUCCUAUGAUUGUUUAUGAUGAAUAUACAUGCAUAAAUGGAUGUGUGUGUAUAGCUAUAGAUACAGAUACAUACGUUUUGUAUAUACAUGUAUACGAAUAUUUCAUGGUUUUACUUUUAUGAUGGCAAUCGGGAUGAAUGUACUAUAUUUAUGCUAAAAGGCACGAUUUGCGUAGCCUUUGGAUUGUCACAAAGCAUCUCAUAUUUCUAUACAACUUCAGUUUUUUUGAUGUGUAACUCAUACAAUACUUUUAACAUAGCAUACCUUGUUUUAUUUUGUUUAUUACCUUAUGUAUACAUAGGAAUACAUUAAAAAUUUAAGCUUGUAAAAGAUAUAAAACAUACGUUUAUAAGAAUAAAAAUAAAAAUAGCUCUUAAUUGAUGAAAAUUAACAAAAUGGUUUAUAAAUGUGCUGUGAAAUUUUAAUUAGAUUUGUAACAUUAAUAUAAGAAUUAAAAUCUGGUUUCAUCAAUGUGCCUUUAAAAUUUUUUUCAUGAUCUUCUCAUUUUUCCACUUUAACCUCCUAAACUCUUUUGAUCCCUACCACUUUAUACAAUUGUCACAUUUAGUCCCCCAACAAAUAUAAUAAAUAAAAGAAAAGAUAACGGAUCACUCUCUCUUGCCGUCUUACUUUUCUCUCUCUCUCAGAUCUCAACAUACACAUAAGAAAAUACGAAAACGUGGCAUGCAAUUGGCAACACGUGGCAACUAAUCCUAAAUGAAAAUGGACGGUUGUGAUUAAAUAACUAUUCAUUUCGAUUUCUCUAUUAUUAGGUAAUAGGUAAAGAUUGUAUGUUUUCUUACACUUUGAAGAUCAUGAGUUUUAUAAGUUUGUUUAUUUUUUCACGUGGUUUAAAACUUCAGUGGUAACAAGAACCCUCCAAGGAUACAAAUUCAUUCACUAGGUCGUUUUGCGAUAGCAAUAAUGUUGCUUACAAGUCGAUCUCAAGCAAGGCAAGACAAGCUCUAACCUAAUCUCGAAAUGAGUCGGAUUGGUUUGAGUUGAUAUACUCAACGACUCGACUUGAGUUGGUUUGGUUACCUCUUUUGAUUCGUGUUCAAGUAAGAUACUUGAGUUUUUAUUUAUUGAGGACAAAACCUUUAAGUUGCAUGAAAUCAUCUUUUUGAGACUAGCAUAUAUAGUGAGAAACGAGGAUUGGAAGGGAUGUAGGAUAGCAAUGCUAUCGCGCUUCAAAUUUCCAACCUCUUAGGAUUUGAAAAUAAUUUUUCCCCAAUUCCUUGAAGAGAUGGUUAGUACCGAUAUUACUCGAUAAAAAAUUUCAAUAUCCUAUUUAGAUAGAUUAUACAAGCCAACGAGCAAACUCUCUUCAACUUGAGAUUCGAAUAAACUAAUUUAAAGCAAUUUCAAACUACCAACUAUCUAUCUGAUCACAACAACACAAAACAAUUAAUAAUUAUAAGAGUAAAUUGUAGUUUCCUCGCGUUAAUAGGUUUUGUUCAUCCUUAACACCUUUCGCCCUUAACGUUUGAUCUUUUCACACUUUAUAUCCUUGGACCUUAACAUUGUUAGUUUUUUUGAUAGUUUUUGUGUGAAUUAGGGAUGAGCAAAUCGUUCCUGGUACCGGUACCGAAUUUACCGAACCGGGUACUUUUUCGGUACCGACUUUUAGCAUUUUCGGUAUCGGUAUUUACCGGUUUUUACCCUCAAAUACCGGUACCGAACCGUACCGAACCGGGUAUAUUCGGUACUGGUACCCACUUUUAAGGAUUUUCGGUACCGGUACCUGUUCGGUACCGGACGGUACCAAGCUCAUCCCUUGUGUGAAUCAUUGAUAUACCCUUAAUUCCAUCUUCUUCUUCUUCAACACAUGUCUCAAUCCACCCACCACCACCAAGCGCCAUUGCCACCUGACCUCACUACCACCCGCCACCGCCCUCUUAUCUUCUUGUCCCAGUUUUUAUCUGGUUGUCGAUAGUGUACCCGAUUUUCGGGUCAUCGCAGAAAUUUGGGUCAUGCAAGUCGUACUGAAGGUUUAACCCAUUUAUUGUAUGUAUGACAGAAACAAAAGGAUUUAUGGUCUGAGACAUAUGUUGAAAAAGAAUAUGAAGUUAAGGCUAUAUCAGUAUUUUUCACAAAAAAGGUUGAACAUUAUUAAGGUCCAAGAACAUAAAGUGCGAAAAGAUCAAACGUUAGGGACGAGAAGUGUUACAGAUGAAUAAAACCUGUUAAUUCGAGGAAACCACGUAAAACGAAAACUUUAUAAACAACAAGUUAAAAGUAAAGGGGCUUAAAACAAAAAUAUAUAUAAGUGGUUGCUUAUAACAACUGUGCGUGUAUCUAUCUCUAUCUAGGGUUAGGGUUCGAGCAAACAAACAAACAACAAUGGAGGAGAUAACAGAAGCAGUUCAGAACAUUAGUAUCUCAAACGAUUCACAGAAGAAGAAUCGCAUUCAAGUUUCCAACACGAAGAAGCCUCUCUUCUUCUACGUUAAUCUCGCCAAGAGGUACAUGCAACAGCAUAAUGAUGUUGAGCUUUCUGCGUUAGGAAUGGCUAUUGCCACUGUUGUCACAAUUGCAGAGAUUCUCAAGAACAGUGGAUUUGCCGUUGAGAAGAAGAUUAUGACAUCUACUGUUGACAUAAAAGAUGAAUCUAGAGGACGAACUAUUCAAAAAGCCAAGAUCGAGAUAGUAUUGGGGAAGACGGAAAAGUUUGACGAACUGAUGGCUGCUGCUGAGGAGGAAAGGGAGCUUGCAAACGGUGAAGAGCAGAGCUAAAUGAGGUUUUUGCAAGUGUCGAAAACCGUUUGCUUUUGCCUGCUGUGUUUUGUUUUAUGAUAAAAGUGGUAGCUUUAAGAACAAAUGUUUUAGUUAGAGAUCUUGUCACAUUACUUCUGUCUCUACCUGUUUGAUGUUAUUUUACUAUGCUUUGUUUCUACUUUAGUAGCUUGGACCGAAUUGGUGCUAAACUAGA